CCAGGGGUUUGCUAGCAAGUUGCUGGUUGGUCAAUAUAUCAUGUACUAUCUGUGGCGUUGCAAGCAGGUUGCUAUGCUAUCCAGGUGUUUGCUGUGGUGUUGCUAGGGGGUUGCUAUGGUAAUCCCACUGUUUUGCUAGCAUGUGGCUGGUGUGUUGCUAAAUUUCAAGUGAUUUUGAUGGAGUUGCUAUUUGCUAUGCUAACAUGGUUAGUUGCUAGGGUGUUGGAAAGUGAUUCCCGUGAUCUUCCAACUGUAAUCCCAAUCUUUCCCAAAAGCACAGGUUCACUAUUCCUAUAAUUCCUGAAUAGUUUACUCGAUCUAAGAAGAAGAACAGUAUGUCGUCUCUGUUGAGAAAAAAUACUUAAGUUAUAGAUGUAAGUGCCCGGUAAGGUUUUGAUGUCUUUUAUUUUGAAAUUGCCACUUUUCCUUUGUUACGUCACUUGGUGUCCACAGGUGCAUAUAAUCUGGGAGUUUGCACGUGGAUGCAGGUGGAAAGGGGGUGAGUAGCUGGGACACUCACUUUCUGUUGACCGUUUCGUUUCUUUGGAUAUACAUUUCCUUUGAACGUUUCUUUUGAUUUACAGUUACUUCCUUUUCUAUUUCUUGGAGAUUAUUUCAUCUUGCCAUCAUUUCUGCUAUACAUCACAAUAAACCACCUGAAUGAAACUGAAACGCGUCAUCUUUAACUCCCUCUACUCAGCCUCUUAGCAGCUACUGGUUGCUGCUACAAUAGAGAUGUGUUUUUUUUAGCACAAAAUAAAGAGCACCAGUGUAAGAGAUGUUCAUUACACUUGUUUGUCUGUUCUGGUAUACAGUCAAGGAAGAGACUAAGCUAAAUUAGGGAGGUGUGAUGACAAUGCACUUCCAACUUCCGUGUCUUUACUUCUGGAGUCAUGAAGAAGCUCAUAACUGCUUACGAGUGCAGUACCAGUGAAGGAGGAACAGGCUGAUUAAGACUUAAUAUUCAUUAAAAGAUUAAGAGAUUUAUUUUAUAUUUAUAAGGAAAAUUUUGGUGUAAAUUCUACACAUAGUGGAUCUUCGAGUGUCGUCUGUCUGAAGGCUGAUGUCACUGUGUUUUAUAGAAUGUCGAGAAAUAUUACAGUUACAACAAUCCUCAUGUUACUGGCAGGUAAACUUUUCAAAUAUUUCAGCUCUACUGUUUUACUAUGCUGUUGUGUCUCUACUGCAACAGUUAAGAAAAAUCUCUCCACAUCUCUGUGUGUUUGGAAGUGUUUUAUAAAUCUGACAUGAUUUGGGUGCAGAUAAGAAAAUUUGUAGGAUGUUGGAGAGUAAAAGACAAGAGUUAUGGAGCAAGAAAAAUUGAUUAUUGUAAAUUAUUUUGAAACAUAAACAUAUCAGAAUGAAGUUCAUGGGCGUUUUCACACAGAGGUUUUUUUUUAUUGUAAUUUUCACACCUCCUUAUCUCGCUGUGUGUGACUGAGAACAGCAACAGCAGUUAACACUGUGGGUACAGUUUUGUUGGUCAGUGCAAGAGUUAUUUCUCGAUGUUCUUAACUCCGUGUGUCGGUGCGUGUGCAUGUUUGUUUGUGUCUGUGCGUGUUUGUCUGUAUCUGUGUAUAUGUGUCUAUGCGUGUGCAUGUGUGUCUGUGCAUGUGCGUGUGUCGGUGCGUUUUUCUGUGUCUGUGCGCACGUGUGUGUGUGCCUGUGGGUGUGUGUCUCUGCUCCUGUGCGUGUUUGUCUGUGCGUGUCUGUGUGUGUGUGUGUGUGUUCCAGGAGUUCAGUCUCAGCACAGUGUAACUCGCAUCUCUCAGAGUCUCUGUGUUGUUAUUGGAUAUACAUUAAAACUCCACUGUACAUUUAAACCUGGUCACUUUGGAGUCACAGAUAUACAGUGGUAUCGAGUCCAGAGCUCUGAAGGAAAACCACAAGACCUGAGCAAAGAUCCAGUAUAUUCAGGACGUUUGUAUGUAAACACCUGGGGGUCUGACUGCAGUCUGACAGUGAGUAAUGUGAGAGUGAGUGACUCUGGAUUUUAUUACUGUAGAUUUAAAACACAGAGCAGUGACUGGAUAUCAGCUUCAUCUGGAAUUCAGCUGACUGUUACAGACUUGCAGGUGAAGGUGGAUCCUAACACUGUAGGACAGAGAGAAGUGAAAGUGACCUGUAGCUCCACCUGCAGACUCAACACACACCUUUUCUACUGGUAUAGGAAUGACCGUUAUAUCAAAUACACAAAGGAUGCCUCCACUGUACUUGACUCCACCAGUCGAUAUGAUGAAGGCAGCUACUCCUGUAAGGUGUAUGGGAGUGAACACCGCUCUCCUCCAGUGUGUGUACUGGGUAUAGAGUGUUGGGGUGUGACUUACACUGCUGAACAUGUGUGUGCUCUGAAAAACACAUCAGUUGUUCUUUCCUGCUCUUAUAAAUAUCCUGCAGGUCUCACAGUGAUAAAAUCAUUGUGGUUCAUUAAAGUGCAGGUUAAUGUUGGGCCUGAGGAUGUGAGAGAAGAUGAGGAGUAUCAGGGCCGAGUGCAGUACACACAGAGCUCCCAGAAUGACUGUAGUCUGAGAAUCACUAACCUGAGAGAGAGAGACGCUCAAACAUACAGGUUCAGAUUCCACACUGAUGAUCCUACAGGAAAAUACACCGGAGAACCUGGAGUCUCUCUGUCUGUCACAGAUCUGAAGGUUACAGUAUCAGACUUGGACAACUGGAAUAAGAAGCUGAGCUGCAUCACCACCUGCACUCUGUCUAACAACCCCACUUACAUCUGGUACAAGAACGGACAGCGUGUUACUGACCAGGACAGAAAUGAACUGGAUGUCAGUUGUGAGGAUGCAGGCAGCUUCUCCUGUGCUGUAAGAGGACAUGAGGAAUUUCGCUCUCCUGCUGUCUAUGUUUUUGAUCAGACGAGCUGCUGGAGUGUGACUUACUCCACCCAGACUAUCUGUGGUCUAAUUAGCUCAUCAUUAGACAUACACAGUUAUUUUACCUUCCCUAAUAAAUACAAGGUCAUGAAAAUGUUAUGGUUCAUUACACAGCAGGUUAAUGUUGAGCCUGAGGAUGUGAGAGAGGAUGAAGAGUAUCAGGGCCGAGUGCAGUACACACAGAGCUCUCAGAAUGACUGUAGUCUGAGAAUCACUAACCUGAGUGAGAGAGAUGCUCAAACAUACAGGUUCAGAUUCCACACUGAUGAUCCUAAAGUAAAAGGCACCGGAGAACCUGGAGUCUCUCUGUCUGUCACAGAUCUGAAGGUUACAGUAUCAGACUCGGGUAGCGGACAAAUCGAUCUGAGCUGCAUCACCACCUGCACUCUGUCUAACAAACCCACUUACAUCUGGUACAAGAACGGACAGCGUGUGUCUGAGUGUAAAUCUGCCUCCUGCUCUGUAGCUGCAGUCGGUGGUGCGGUCAGUUACAGCUGUGCUGUUGAAGGCCAUGACAGUCUCCUCUCUCCUCCAGUGUAUUCCCCUAAAAACACCAGAGCAGUGGUUCUUUCCUCUGGAGACACAGUGGAGGGGGUUUCAGUGACUCUGAGCUGUAGCAGUGAUGCAAACCCUCCUGUUCUCACCUACUCCUGGUUUAAACAGAGUUCAGCUGCAGACGAACUGCUGAUAACAGGCCAGAAUUACAGCAUCAGUGAGAUCAGCUCCCAGCACAGAGGACUGUACUACUGUACUGCUCACAACCAGCUGGGAGACCUCAACUCUACACAAAUUCACCUGCUCAGCUCCAAGAACGAUGUGUUAACGUUCACCGUGUUGGGGCUGUUUGUCUUCUUGGCAUUAACACUCAUCCCAGGAGCUCUGUGUAUGUGGAGGAGGAAGCGGAGCUCAGCUAAUGGCCACAGCAGCACUGAUGAAAGUGGACAGCCUCAGUCUGCAUCAGUGUAUGAAAAUAUCUCAGUCUCAAACUGUAGCAGAAGAGUCUCAGAUGAACAGGAUGACGUUCACUAUGCCAGUGUGGUUAUUAAACGCUCCCACACACAGGAAGGGUCUCUGUCCCCGAGAUUUCCUGCACACACCACAGAGGAAGAGGAUGUUCAGUACGCUAAAGUGAACGUUAGCAGGAGAACUGCUGCCGUCCAGCUUGUGGCAGAUGAAGAGGAUGAUGAUGCGUCUCAGAUCUACAGCAAGGUCCAGAAAAUCCCCAGACAAAGCAAAAGCUGAGAGAGAUUUGAUCGUUCUGUUCUGCAUCUAAACUGAUUAAGAGAAGAGGGACAGCUUUGGCAUUUCAUCAGUAGGAGUAUUGAUGCUAUAAUAGUGUUGUAGUGCUUGUAUGCUUUUUUACCUUAAAAAAAUGUGUAUGCAGGUUGAGGUUUUAAAGAAUAAUUUUUUUGUCUACGCUUUUUCAUAUUUUUUGUCCCAUCAUAACCUUUAUUUUAAUGCUAAUCAAUUUAGUGUUUUAUAUUUUAAGUGAUUUAUAUACUCUUUCUUUAUCUAUGCUGGUGAUAUAAAUAACUAACUAAUUUGUUAUAAAUGGAUAAAAAUGGGACCUAUAUUUCCCAUUUGAUUUGACUUGCUCCUUUGCCAAUUGUAUUUGCUUAGAUGAUGUACUUGCAUGACAUGCUUUUUUUCUUGAUAAACUGAAGCUAAAUUGCUUCUUUCUGUUAACUGUACAUUCAGGUCUUAUAACUGAAAUCGAUGACUCUUAAUUUCACCAGUGGUUUUAAAGGCUGUCAUGUCACUAAUGAAGGCACUCAAACAUGUGUCUACACUGUGUGUAGAGUGUGUGGGCAUGUAUACUGUCCAGUUAUAUUAUUAUAUAGAUUAUUAUUAUCAGGGUCAUUAUUAAGGGUUUGUUAGUGAUUUGAUGACACUGCUUUCUCGAUUCUGAUUGGUCAGAAGGUGCUGAUUCUAUAGUUUCUGCUUUAGCUCAAAUCACAGGUCUGUGUUCACAUUUGUUCUGCGUUAUCAUUUAUGUAUUUUAAAAAACUGUGAGAAAAGAAUGAAUAAUUAGAAUCACUAGUGCCAUCUAUUGUUCCAAAGCUUGAAGUGCCACUAGCCAACUAGUCUAUUUCUUUAACUUUAUUCAUUUCCAUUUAACUGAGUUUUAGUCCUUCACAUAUGAUGUCUAUGAAGUAUUUUCUACUUAUCUCUAUGUGCUGUAUCUGUAGAACAAGAACUUAAACCAAGAUAGAGAAAAACAGAAAAGCUUUUUACUUCACAUUCAUUUGUAAUACAAGGGCAGCCGAUUAACUCCCUCAAUAAACAUUUACAUUUAAUGAAA